GGCGCGCGGACGACCAGUCGGCGCCGUGCGGAGCUGGCAGCUGGAUUGGUUGUGGCACUCGCGUGUCAGGCGGUUGCUAGGCUCCGGCCUCGCGCCCCGCCCUCGCGCUCGGCGCCCUCUCACCGCCCGGUACGUGCUCGCGCGGAGGUUGCGGCGCGGCGCUCGCGGUCCUUGGGAUCCGCGGCGGUGGCGGCGGUAUCUUCGCGCGGAGUCCCAGGGGAUCGGUGGUGGCGGUGUUCUGAGGUCCGGAGGAGCGAACACCUGCCACGCCCCGCCCGCCGGCUCUGGCGAAGGAAGAAGAGCUCAUGGCCUGCAUGCUUAAAGGAGGCUGAGGAGCUGUUUCUUGGAGAAAAGUUUCCAGUAGGGAGUUGGAUGCAGAAGGUGACCCUGUUCCAGGCCUGUGGGAUACUGUGUAAAAGUGCUGUGGGUGCUCUGUGAUGGAGCAGGUGUGCAGAGGGUGAGGACCCAGCUCUGGGACCAAGUCACUUGCUUCCUUCCUUAGCAAGACUGUCAGUUUGAGGAAACUCAGACCUGGAAUGAGGAUGUCUGUUGGCCUCUCACUACUGCUCCCCCUCUGGGGGAAGACCUUUCUCCUUCUGCUCUCCGUGGCUAUGGCUCAGUCCCGCUGGCCCAGUGAACCCUCGGAGGCCAUCAGGGACUGGGAGAAUCAGCUCGAGGCAUCCAUGCACUCAGUGCUCUCAGACCUCCAUGAGGCUGUUCCCACAGUGGUUGGCAUUCCUGAUGGCACGGCUGUUGUUGGGCGCUCAUUUCGAGUGAUCAUUCCAACAGAUUUAAUUGCCUCCAGUGGCGAAGUCCUCAAGGUAUCAGCUGCAGGGAAGGAGGCUUUGCCAUCUUGGCUACACUGGGACCCACAUAGCCACACUCUAGAGGGCCUCCCCCUUGACACCGAUAAGGGUGUACAUUACAUCUCAGUUAGUGCGGCACGGCUGGGGGCCAAUGGGAGCCAUGUACCCCAGACCUCUAGUGUGUUCUCCAUCGAGGUCUACCCUGAAGACCACAGCGAGCUGCAGUCUGUGCGGUCAGCCUCACCAGACCUUGGCGAGGUGGUAUUAUCUGCCUGUGCUGCUGAUGAGCCUGUGACUGUCCUGACGGUGAUUCUGGAUGCUGACCUCACCAAGAUGACCCCAAAGCAAAGGAUCGACCUCUUGCACAGGAUGCAGACCUUCUCAGAAGUGGAGCUUCACAAUAUGAAAUUGGUGCCAGUGGUGAAUAACAGACUGUUUGACAUGUCGGCCUUCAUGGCUGGCCCAGGAAAUGCAAAAAAGGUGGUAGAGAAUGGGGCCCUGCUUUCCUGGAAGCUGGGCUGCUCCCUGAACCAGAACAGUGUGCCUGACAUUCAUAGUGUGGAGGCCCCUGCCAGGGAGGGUGCUAUGUCUGCCCAGCUUGGCUACCCUGUGGUAGGUUGGCACAUUGCCAAUAAGAAAACCCCCCUCCCCAAACGCAUCCGGAGGCAGAUCCAUGCCACACCCACACCUGUCACUGCCAUUGGGCCCCCAACCACGGCCAUCCAGGAGCCACCAUCCAGAAUUGUGCCCACCCCUACAUCUCCAGCCAUUGCUCCUCCAACAGAAACCAUGGCUCCUCCAGUCAGGGAUCCUGUUCCUGGGAAGCCCACAGUCACCAUUCGGACUAGAGGCGCCAUUAUUCAAACCCCAACCCUAGGCCCCAUCCAGCCCACUCGGGUGUCAGAAGCUGGCACCACGGUUCCUGGCCAGAUUCGCCCAACGAUGACCAUUCCUGGCUAUAUGGAGCCCACAGCAGUUGCUUCUCCUCCCACAACUACCACAAAGAAGCCACGAGUAUCCACGCCAAAACCAGCAACGCCUUCAACUGACUCUUCAACCACCACAACUCGCAGACCAACCAAGAAACCACGGACUCCUCGACCAGUCCCCCGGGUCACCACCAAAGCUCCUAUCACCAGAUUGGAAACUGCCUCUCCACCCACUCGCAUCCGUACCACCACCAGUGGAGUGCCCCAUGGAGGAGAGCCCAACCGGCGCCCAGAGCUCAAGAACCACAUUGACAGGGUGGACGCCUGGGUCGGCACCUACUUUGAAGUGAAAAUCCCAUCAGACACCUUCUACGACAAUGAGGACACCACCACUGACAAGCUAAAACUAACUCUGAAGCUGCGAGAGCAGCAGCUGGUGGGUGAGAAGUCCUGGGUACAGUUCAACAGCAACAGCCAGCUUAUGUAUGGCCUGCCCGACAGCAGCCACGUGGGCAAACAUGAGUAUUUCAUGCAUGCCACAGACAAGGGGGGCCUGUCGGCUGUGGAUGCUUUUGAGAUCCAUGUCCACAGGCGUCCUCAAGGAGACAGAGCUCCUGCACGGUUCAAGGCUAAGUUUGUGGGAGACCCAGCACCAGUGGUAAAUGACAUCCAGAAGAAGAUCACCUUGGUGAAGAAGCUGGCCUUUGCCUUCGGGGACCGAAACUGCAGCACCAUCACACUGCAGAAUAUCACCCGGGGCUCCAUUGUGGUGGAAUGGACCAACAACACCCUGCCCCUGGAGCCCUGCCCCAAGGAGCAGAUUACUGGGCUGAGCCGGAGGAUCGCUGAGGAUGAUGGGAAACCUCGGCCUGCCUUCUCCAAUGCCCUGGAGCCUGACUUUAAGGCCAUGAGCAUUGCUGUGAUGGGCUCCGGCAGUUGUCGGCACCUACAGUUUAUCCCUGUGGCACCACCUAGGAGGAUGCCCUCAGUGGCACCUCCCACGGAGGUGCCCGACAGGGAUCCCGAGAAGAGCAGUGAGGAUGACGUCUACCUGCACACAGUCAUCCCGGCUGUGGUGGUUGCAGCCAUCCUGCUCAUUGCUGGCAUCAUUGCCAUGAUCUGCUAUCGCAAGAAGCGGAAGGGCAAGCUAACCCUUGAAGACCAGGCCACCUUCAUCAAGAAGGGAGUGCCUAUCAUCUUUGCGGACGAGUUGGAUGACUCCAAGCCCCCACCCUCCUCUAGCAUGCCACUCAUCCUGCAGGAGGAGAAGGCCCCCCUGCCCCCUCCCGAGUAUCCCAACCAGAGCAUACCCGAGACCACUCCUCUGAACCAGGACACUGUGGGAGAGUACACACCCCUGCGGGAUGAGGAUCCCAAUGCGCCUCCUUACCAGCCCCCACCGCCCUUCACAGCCCCCAUGGAGGGCAAGGGCUCCCGUCCGAAGAACAUGACCCCAUACCGAUCACCCCCUCCCUACGUCCCCCCUUAACCCACAAGCGCCUGGGUGGAGGCAGGGGUAGGGCAGGGGCCUGGAGACAACACGGUGUUGUCUGUGGAGACCGGUGGCCUGCAGAUCAUCAGCCACUGGGAGCCAGCACCCGACCUAGCACACACUGACACAAGGGGCCUGGACAAGCCUGCCCUCUCUGGUCCUCCAAACCCCAAAGCAGUUGGAGAGACUUUGGGGAUUUUUUUAUUUUUAUUUUUUGCCUAACAGCUUUUUGUUUGUUCAUAGAAAAUUCUUCGCUGUGUUUUUUGAUGGCUGGCUCUGAAAGUACUGUUUGGAAUAGAUGUAGAUAGAGGGAGGAAGGAACCGUGAACGAACUCGCAGGUAGUGCUGGGCAGCCCCCCCAGCUCUCUGCGUUUUGCCUUUAACACUAACUGUACUGUUUUUUCUAUUCACGUGUGUCUAGCUGCAGGAUGUAACAUGGAAAACAGUAGCUAAAGAUUAAAUUCAAAGGACUUUCAGAAGUUAAGGUUAAGUUUUUACAUUUAAUCUGCUGUUUACCUAAACUUGUAUGUAUAAUUUUGGGGUGGGAAUGGGGAAUUGCUUUGCUAAAAAUAAGCUCCCAGGGUGUUUCAAACUUAGAGAGACCAAGGGACAGUAUUUUUUAUCAAAGGAAUCCUAUUUUUUCAUACUAUGUCAACUUGGUUGCUCUGAUACUCCAGAGCCUGACUGGGGCCUUCCUGGCCCUGGCUCAGGGGCCAGGGCCCUGGUGCUGGGUUUGCUCUCCUGCUGUUGCCAGGGGCUGGGAGCUGGAGGGGCCUCUUGGGCCAUGGACAUCCCCACCUCCACCCCAUGCACACUAGUGGCCCACCACCAAGGGGUCUUCAUUUCCAUGGAAAAGGGACUCCAAGAGGCAGUGGUGGCUAUGGCCCCUAACCUAGGUGCUCCAGGGUGGGCCAGCUGCUCAUGGGGGUGCCUGGGGAGGUCGAAGGACUCGACCACAUCAACCUAUUUUCUUUUACCCUUUGCGUGUGUGUAUGUGUGUGUGUGUUUUCCCCCUCCUAAAAGGAAUAUCAUGGUUUUUGAAACACUCAGUGGGGGACAUUUUGGUGAAGAUGCAAUAUUUUUAUGUCAUGUGAUGCUCUUUCCUCACUUGACCUUGGCCACUUUGUCCCAACAGUCCACAGCCCUACCCUGACCCACCUCAUCCCUUUUCUCUGGCGCUCCAGUCCCAAGCUUUGGGCCUGAACGACUGGAAAAGGUCUAGUGUCUGAGGAGUGCCAGCAAUAGUUCAUAGUAAAAAUCUGUGGGCUGUCAUAGCUAAUUUUUUACUGAAGUUUUUAUACAGCCUCAAAUUGUUUUAUUAAAAAAAGAUUAAAAAUGGUGAUGCUUACAGCAGUUUGUACAAGCCCUUAGUGUUGAUUCCAUGGAACUGACGGCUUUGCUCAUUUUGAUUUUUUCCCCCCUUUUCCUAAUGGCUUAAAUUCUGGAAUUACCCUGGGGCUUCUUUUGCCUUUUUUAGUAGAACAUCCGUACGUCCAUCUGCAUCUCUGUCCCAUGACUCAGGGGCGCCUACUCUGCUUCGAUUCUCCUCCUUUGGAAGAAACCAUUUUGAGCAUGACUUUUCUUGACGUGUGAGUUAUUUUGGGUAACUUUUAGGGAGGAAUGCCUUUCGCAAUAAUGUAUCUCUUCCCUGAUUGAGUGUGGGUGGGUGGACCCAGGCUCCCUUUGCACACGGAGCAGCUACUUCUAAGCCAUACUGACUGUUUUGCAGAGGAUUCACGUGUGCUGCUUCAGGAGGGGAGGAGGUCUCCCUCCUGCUGUUCUGUAGAAGGUGGUUCUCUUGCGCCUUCUCCCAUAGGGCCCAGCCCCCAUCAGGGUACUCUGGAAUGAGCAGUGCCCUUGUGGGGUGAGCUGGUAGGUGAGGGCUCAGUGUAUCACUUGUGACCAAGCUGUGUGCCUCAUGCCUCCAAGCUAUGGUCCAAGCCAGAGUUUCUCUGCUGCCCCAGAGUCAGGAGCACAAGUGGUAUCUGACUGGUGAGAAUAUUUCUGAUGACCUUGUCAAAAAAUAAACAAUUCCCUUUGUUCCAGGUGAGGGCUUUGAAAGGCCUUCCAAACAGCUUCGUUACCCCUAGCAACCCUACCAUUGGGCAUUGCCACACAGAGACGUUGCUAGCCCAGAAUGGCCUGUUGCUGUAGCAACUGGAAGUGAUGGGGGCAGUGAACAGAAUAACAACAGCAACAAUGCUUUGCAGGCAGUCUCCUCCCCUGAGCGCUGGGCUGGUGAUGCCGUUGGACUCCUGAGACGGAGAGCCAAUCUCACAUUCAAGUGUUCAUCAACCACUGAUGUGUUUUUAUUUCCUUCUAUGAUUUUUAAGAUGUGUUUUCUGCAUUCUGUAUAGAAACAUAUCAAACUAAAUAAAAGCAGUGUCUUUAUUACAA